CAUGCUUAAACACGAGUUUUUUGUAGACAUGACCUGUGAAGGAUGCUCCAAUGCUGUCACCCGUGUUCUCAACAAGCUGGGAGCUGUACAGUUUGAUAUUGAUCUACCCAACAAGAAAGUGACUAUAGAAUCAGAACACAGCACUGAUACCUUGUUGGAAACACUGAAGAAAACUGGGAAAAAUACCUCCUACCUUGGAGAAAAGUAACUGCAUAGGAUGGCUUGUCUGGUGGAGCUGCUGGGUUGCA